CAGGUCUUCUUCCUCCUCCUCUCCUCUUUUGCUUCUUCGGUUGCAAUUCCAUUCCACUCUCUUCCCUCCUCCUCCUCCUCCUCCUCCGCUCUGCGACCUUCUUCUCUUCUCUUCUCUUCUCCCCUCUGUCCGAAGAUUGAGCCUGUCAGAGUGGGUGGGCCAAAUCUUGCGAGAUUUUCUGUUCUUGGUGCGAGGGAGGGUUGUUUGAUUUCUGGGCGAAGCUGAAUCCUGCGAAAGUUCGGUUCUUUCUUGGCCUUCGGCUCUCUUUGUUCUUGCUGGGUCUUGGUUCUUGGAGUUGAAAUCUUCUUCGCCCUGGUGGAUUUCUCCGUAGUCGUCCGCGGAAAGGGGAUUUUCGUUGGUUUCUUCCCCGAUUUGCUUUCAGAUCCCUAGACCUAGUGCCUCUCUGUAGCUGUACAUAUUUCAAGAGAGUGAUUUUGUGCUAGCUGUAAAUAUUCCUUGGGAUUUUGUUCUCCUCUUGCCGGUUGGUUCCUUCGUUGAGAAGAGCAGAAAUGGGUGAUGUGUCACUCAAUCGACCGAUCAAGGCAGAGCCAGCUGCCGGCGGCAUUGGCCAGGGCAAUCGAAUUCUAGACAUGAUGUCAUCAGGGUGGACCAAUGAGCGGCACAUGCAUUAUAUAAGCUCCAUGGAGGCCUCUUUCGUUGAGCAACUCUACAAUCAUGAACAAAAUGGGAAUCAUAACGACUGUGGCAACGGAUUCAAGGUUCUCCGUGGUGGGGUGUGGGAGAAACUCAAAUUUGAUAGGAGCAAUGCUUGUUCACGAAUAGGCAAAAAAUACUGCCUGCCUGCAAGCCCCUGGAUUCAGCAUUUCAGGCCACGUGAUUGCAGUAACAAUGCAAGGAGUGAUGCGGCGGAGACAUUGGUGGGUGAUCAUGAAUCUGGUAUUCAGACUAUCCAAGGGAGGACUCCAUUGUCACAUGGAAGGGAGUGGGAGGCUUGCAAGGAAGAAAAACCUCUUGGUGAAAGUACAGAGGUCUCUGAUCAGAAUUUUGCGGACGAUGAAGCUGACGUCGAUGCAGAAUCAAGUAAAGCAUGCAAAAGAAGGAAAUUAAGCAGCUCUCUUACACGGAAUUACCAAGUUGUUCCAUUUGACAAACUGUUUGGUGCCACAAAACCUGUUGGAGGGAAAGGUGCUCUGGAAUAAAGACUUGGAAGAAUAGUUCUGGUUGAAUAUGCAAUCAGUGAGAACUGGAUGAGUUAGUCUUGGCGAAUUAGUAGUAUAGUUCACUCUGUAGAGGUUUGUCUUGUUAGAAAAAUAAUAGGAUCAGUCACAACUUGGUAGACGUAUUAUUUGAUCAUAUGGAUGUGAUGUUUUUUGUUUGUUGCUGUGUUAUGGCAACUGCCUGUUUGCAAUGUGAGUAAUAUGUUUGUACUUUCCACAAGAUGGGGAUGAUACAAGAUCCAUCAUUCCUUUUGGCACAUUUUCAUUGUACAAAGAUGUAGCAUGAUACUGAAAGAGUGAAAGACCAACGAUUUUGCAGAA